AUGCCGAGUGAUCCUUCUAUACAAAAACUCGAAAAAGCAAUUUUGACACUCAAUAAUGAAAUUAAUAGAAUGCGAACUGAAACAGAAUGGAAAAGUGAGAUUCGCUCUCAAGGACGAGAAUCUGUAAGAAGCCACAAAUCCGAAUACCCCGACGAAACUGAGACUCUCUGGGUUGAAUUUACCGCCCUAUUUAACGAGAGAAGAAAGAGGGAAGGACGCUCUCCUACGAAAAUGUAUAAUGUUUUAUCUGAAGAGAUAGAGCUCAGUCCAGCUACACUUGCUAGCUUCUAUCGGCAUCAGAAAUCUCCUCAAAGAACUUCACUGGAUAAAAUCGAGACCUAG